GAACCAUUGAUAGAAUGACGUCCUAAGUCAAGAGUUCAGGUUCAAGAUUUGAUUGGCUCGUCUUGAGUAACUUUAUUGGAGGGUAGCAUUUACCGUCUGCUUUGCAACAUCUUUUGCACUCCCACACUUGACAAUCUUCUUCGGGUACUCAGCACUGAAAGUGUUCAUUACUUCGUCUGCGACAUCAAAAACAUAUAUUAGAGUGUCUUGUGGUAAUUUGUUUGCCAGAUGUCUUGCCAUCGGCAAACCCAUUGCCCCAAGCCCAAUGAACCCAAUGGACUCAUAGGAUUCGCUCCCUGACGAUCCCAUCUUGACGUCUGUGCAAAGAGAUGGAAAUAGAAUGGGAAUUUUCAAGCAAAUGGACAGAUUAAAAUUGAUCAUUGAUAUGAUAGAAGUUCCCCUUAGAUCACCAAUCGAUGCUUCUUACCCCAAUUCAGCGGAACAGUUCCUGAAGUCAAACACCACAACGUUAAUUAAUCGGGGCUUUCUUGUAUCCUCAUGCAAGAAUCCCAACAUAUCGACGACUGGUCACCAUGUCCUCUAUAUUCGUGAAGAACUCCGGUCCUCCCUCGCCUCCAUUGGAAAUUGUAAUAGUUCAAAUCCACGCCCUCUCAGCGGGCCAUUUCUCGCUUCCGGAAUAUCAAUUCGUACAUCCUGCUUCGAAGACGGCGAGACAUACUGUUCCCUCACUCGCGUUUCUUAUUCAACAUGACGAUGUCGAAACGGGGAAGAAGACGAGAAUUGUGUUUGAUUUGGGAUUGCGCCGGGAUGUGAAUAGAUACUCGGAGCCGAUUAGGAAACACACAGAGACGAGACAACCGAUGAGAACGGAUCCGGAUGUGGUCAAAAGUCUUGCUGUUGGGAAUCUGACACCGGAUGAUAUUGAUUAUGUUAUUUUAUCUCAUGUACAUUGGGAUCAUAUUGGAGAACCUCGCGACUUUCCCAAGAGUCAAUUUAUAAUUGGAUCCGGAGCCAAAGCACUUCUUCAAGGUACUUCCACAUCACUCCGAGGAGGACACUCUUUCUUCGAGGUCGAUCUACUACCAGAAUCGAGGACGACAGAACUCGCAAGUCCCUCAUCAGGCGAAAGCUUCAGGAAGCCACUUGCACCCGGACAGCCCGACUUUCAUCAAAACUGGACAAUUCAUCCCAUGUUUCCAAACGUAAUGGAUAUCUUCCAAGACGGCAGUCUUUACAUCGUCGAUGCGCCUGGACAUCUUCCUGGCCAUAUCAAUCUCCUAGCCAAGACAGGACCUAACGAGAGUGUCUAUCUUGGAGGUGAUGCAUGCCAUGACAGGAGAAUCAUCCGAAUGGAAAAGAAGAUUGGGACUUGGACGGAUGAGGAGGGACAUACGUGCUGUAUACAUGCUGAUAGGAAAGAGGCUGAACGGACGAUUGAGCGGAUUCGCUUGAUUGAGGAGCAAGGGGUUGAGGUUAUCUUUGCUCAUGAUGUGGAGUGGGAAAGGGAUCCCAAGAAUAGUGGACGCUUUUGGGGAGCAACUUAGGACAACUAGAUAUUUUAGAGGAAAAAUCUUUCUGCACAGUAGGUAGAAUCGAGAUUCUUUCGAGAAGCAGGAACGAGCAGAUCGAUUGGCCGAGUCGUCGGCUUACCCACAUAUGUCAACAUAAGACUACAAAAAAAUGUACCUACAAAACAACAGUGA